AAGCAGUCUCGCUUUUGAAUCCCAGCCCUGUACUGUUCUAAAGGUGCCUGUAAUGAAGGACUGAUUCGUAUAUAUUGGAAAGCCUUGUCGCGACAUUACUCUGAGGCCCCACUCGACUUGAGGCCCCGACACGAGCGUCACCCCCAGCCUGGACUCCGUUGAAGCGCAGCUCUUCCACAACACCCAAACAGACACGACCUAAUUACACCAUCUUCAUCGCGUUCGAGCAGCCUGCACACAGGCAAGCGACUAAGCCAUGUCGCCUAGAGGUGCUACAUGGCCCUCGGUCCUGAUUGCCGGUCUUGCUGCGCCUUUUGUGCUGUACAUCACCUUCAUCGGGCUGGGAUCCAUCCCCUUCUUCCAGCGGCACUUUCUGUAUGCCCACAAGAUCAACACCCUUUUUUGGCACGAUCUGGACUGUCCAGAGUACUGGGCCUUCGCAAGAAACCAAGUCACACCAUUUACGCUGCAAACUGCCGACGGCGAGAAGUUGUACGCAUGGCAUGUGCUUCCCACCUCAGUCUACCUCAAGCACGAAGAUGCGCUACUCAAGGCAGCACCGGGCCGCUCAAGUGCAGCCGAGUCGACAGCCGCUUUUAGGCUGCUCAAGAACGACCCGGACGCGCGCGUCAUCGUAUCCUUUCACGGGAAUGCUGGCCACGUCGCACAAGGUUUCAGGACGGACCACUACCACUCCUUGACCGACACCUCAAACUACCAUCUUCUCACCAUAGACUAUCGCGGCUUCGGCAAGUCUACCGGGAAGCCUUCGGAAACCGGCCUGAUUCUCGAUGGCGUAACCCUGGCGAACUGGGUGAUGGAGGUAGCGGGCGUACCAGCUGACAGAAUCGUCGUCAUGGGUCAGAGCCUAGGGACGGCCGUGACAAGCGGUGUCGUAGAGCACUUUGCCCUGCAAGGUGUCGACUUUGCGGGGAUGAUCCUGAUUGCUGCCUUCUCCAACCUCCCUCAGCUGUUGACUUCGUACACUGCAGGCGGUAUUGUACCGGUUCUUUCGCCGAUCAAGAACAUCCAACCAGUGGUUCGAUCCAUCCAGAAAUUCAUUGUGGACAAGUGGCCGUCGGAUGAUCGAAUUGCACGCAUUGUGGAAAACACGUCAAGACGGUUGCGCCUCACCUUGAUCCAUGCCAAGAAUGACGCAGAGAUCCCAUAUCUCCAGAGCAACAUUCUUUUCCGAUCUGCGGCCCAAGCCGUGCUGGGCAAAGUUUUGGAGGAUGCAGAAUUCGAAACCUGGAAGGCAGGCGUCACCACAGUCCACGACGACGGCACCUUUACAGCCAUUGCUACGUCAAGUGGACAAGACCAGCCAGAUAUUAUCGUACGAGAAGAAAUUGUGAGAUAUGGAGGCCACAAUCAUGUUAUGAUGUCGUCUACUAUUCCUCUGGCUGUCAUGAGGUCGUUUGAAAACUGACCAAGCUCUGCAAGCUCUGGGGCUUGGCUGUCCUCGAAUCUUCCAAGUUGUAUCCAGCAGCCUUUGAACCCCUCGUUAGAAAACCACUAUUAACAGCUGCAAAUAAUGAUUGUGACACAAUGUGUGCUACCACGAGAAC